AUGGCUGCGGGUCAGCCGGUCCCCGGGAGCGGGGGCUUCUUUGGAGAGCUCCCGUCGCCUUACGCAGCUGCUGCCAACUCCGAUCUCCUCCGGAGACCCAGCUAUUGCCACGCAGCCUUUGCCCUCAAGCAGAUCUCCAAGGGUAAGGCUGUUGGCCAGAAAGCCCCACUGUGGCUGCGGGCCCAGUUCCAGGCUCUGUUGUUUACACUGGGUUGCUGGAUCCAGCGUCAUUGUGGCAAAGUGCUUUUUGUGGGGCUGCUGGUCUUUGGGGCACUGGCAGUAGGGCUGCGAGUGGCCUCCAUCGAGACUGACAUUGAACAGCUCUGGGUAGAAGAGGGCAGUCGUGUCAGCCAAGAGCUCCGAUACACAAGAGAAAAGCUUGGUGAAGAAUCUCUCUACACAUCCCAGAUGCUAAUACAAACUCCCAAACAGGAAGGAGAAAACAUCCUAACUCCAGAUGCCUUGGAAAUGCAUCUUGAAGCUGCUUUGGCUGCUAGUAAAGUCCAAGUCUUACUAUUUGGAAAAUCAUGGGAUCUCAACAAAAUAUGCUACAAAUCAGGUGUCCCAAUAAUUGAGAAUGGAAUGAUUGCACGGAUGAUUGAGAAGCUCUUCCCCUGUGUUGUUGUGACUCCACUGGAUUGUUUCUGGGAUGGUGCCAAACUACAAGGAGGGUCUGCUUAUCUACCGGGCCGGCGGGAUAUUCAGUGGACGAAUUUAGAUCCUAUCCAACUGAUGGAGGAACUGGGUCAAUUUGCCUCACUCGAAGGAUUCAAGGAGAUGUUGGAUAAGGCAGAGGUUGGCCAGGCCUAUAUGGAGCGGCCUUGUCUUGAUCCUUUUGACCCUGAGUGUCCUCAUAGUGCUCCCAACAGCCAAAGCCAGAAGAAACCACACAUCCCUUCUGAACUCACAGGUGGCUGCCAUGGCUUCUCCCGGAAAUACAUGCAUUGGCAAGAGGAACUCAUCUUGGGGGGCACAGUAAAAGAUCCUCAGGGCAAACUGCAAAAAGCUGAAGCCCUGCAAAGCAUGUUCCUGCUGAUGAGCCCACGACAACUUUACGAGCACUACCGGGAUGACUAUGAGAUACAUGAUAUCAGCUGGAGCGAGGAGAAGGCUGCUGCUGUGCUGGAGGCUUGGCAGCGGGAAUUCGUUGAGGUGGCCCAGGAAUCUCUGCCUUCAAAUUAUUCUCAGACUAUUCAUGCCUUUUCUACCACCACACUCAGUGAUAUCAUGAAGUCCUUUUCAGAUGUGAGUGCCAUCCGUGUGGCUGGUGGUUACCUGCUAAUGCUAGCAUAUGCUUGCGUCACCCUGCUGCGCUGGGACUGCUCCAAAUCGCAGGGUGCUGUGGGCCUGGCUGGGGUCCUCCUAGUUGCCCUUUCAGUAGCAGCAGGACUUGGACUUUGCUCCUUGCUUGGGAUUUCAUUCAAUGCAGCCACCACUCAGGUGCUGCCCUUUCUGGCACUUGGCAUUGGCGUGGAUGACAUGUUCUUGCUAGCACAUGCCUUCACGGAGACAAGUCAGCAUGUCCCUAUCAAGGAACGGACGGGUGAAUGCCUACGACGUAGUGGCACCAGUGUGGCACUCACAUCUGUCAAUAACAUGAUUGCCUUCUUCAUGGCUGCCCUUGUGCCUAUCCCUGCAUUGCGUGCCUUCUCUCUACAGGCUGCAGUAGUGGUUGUUUUUAACUUUGCCAUGGUGCUGUUCAUUUUUCCUGCCAUUCUGAGUCUGGAUCUUCACAGGCGUGAAAACAAGAGGCUUGAUAUUCUCUGCUGCUUCUACAGCCUCUGUUCUGCCCGGGUCAUCCAGAUCCAACCGCAAGAAUAUGCUGAUGUGAAUGACAACCACACUACACCGACUUAUCCUCAUGGCCAUCCAGCCCUGGCAACCAGCACACAUAUCACUACCACGGUGCAGGCCUUCACUCAGUGUGACUCCUCUGGGAGACAUGUAGUCACUAUUUUACCACCCACACAGCAUGUGUUUACCACUCCCUCCACUCUCCUUCCUGCCAAUCCUCUGGGCUCACAAAUCUUCACUCCUGCCAGUUCCACUCGGGAUCUUCUGGCACAGCUCGACGAAAGCAAAGGAGCCCAAGAAUGUGUGCCCUUGCCGAUUUGUCGAUGGAACCUUUCCAGCUUUGCUCGUGACAAAUACGCACCCAUCCUGCUGCAGAGCCAAACUAAGGGAAUUGUGGUAGCUCUGUUCAUAGCCCUUCUGGGCCUCAGCCUCUAUGGUACAACCAAGGUGCAUGAUGGACUCUAUCUGACGGAUAUUGUACCACGAGGUACAAAGGAGCAUGCCUUCAUUUCAGCUCAGUUCAAGUAUUUCUCCUUUUAUAACAUGUUUGUGGUAACGAAUGGAGGCUUUGACUACCCAAGUUCACAGGAAGCUCUUUACAGCCUGCAUCAGGCCUUUGCUGCCAUCCACUAUGUAGUACGUGAGGAGAACCACCAGUUGCCAAAAAUGUGGCUGCACUACUUCCGAGACUGGCUACAAGAUCUACAGGCAGCCUUUGAUCAAGAUUGGGAAGCUGGGCGCAUCACCAGGGACAAUUAUCGGAAUGGUUCGGAAGAUGGUGUCCUUGCUUAUAAACUCCUUAUCCAGACGGGCAACAAGAAAGAGCCUUUCAACUUAAACCAACUGACAACUCACCGCCUGGUCAGUGAAAAUGGAAUCAUUCCCCAUGACAUCUUUUACAUCUGCUUGACGGUGUGGGUGAGCAAUGAUCCCCUUGGUUUUGCUGCUUCCCAGGCCAACUUCUAUCCGCCACCCCCAGAAUGGAUCCAUGAUAAAUAUGAUGCUACUGGUGAAAAUCUUCGAAUCCCAGCUGCACAGCCCCUGGAGUUUGCUCAGUUCCCCUUCUACCUCAAUGGGCUUCAACACACAUCAGACUUUGUGGCAGCUAUCCAGAGUGUGCGUGCCAUCUGUGAUGAGGUGGCCCAGACACGUGGAGUAUUCAGCUACCCCAGCGGAUAUCCAUUCCUCUUCUGGGAGCAGUACAUUGGCCUGCGCCACUGGCUUCUGCAAGCCAUCAGCAUUGUGCUGGCCUGCACAUUUCUGGUGUGCACCCUGCUGCUACUCAAUCCUUGGACUGCCAGUAUCAUUGUAUUUGUUUUGGCAAUGAUGACAGUGGAGCUUUUUGGCAUCAUGGGCUUGAUGGGCAUCAAACUGAGUGCAAUCCCUGUUGUCAUCCUAAUUGCUUCUGUAGGCAUUGGCGUGGAAUUUACUGUACAUGUAGCUCUGGGGUUUCUCACCGCCAUUGGCAGCCGGAACCUGCGCUCCACUGUGGCUUUAGAGCACACGUUUGCUCCUGUAAUGGAUGGCGCCGUUUCAACUUUGCUUGGUGUACUUAUGUUGGCAGGCUCCGAAUUUGAUUUCAUUCUGAGGUAUUUCUUUGCCGUGCUUACUAUCCUGACUAUUCUGGGGCUACUUAAUGGCCUGGUACUAUUGCCUGUACUACUUUCUAUUAUUGGACCACCUGCAGAGGUCACACCAGCAGAUAAUGGCAGCCGCUUGCCAACACCAUCACCUGUCCCACCACCUAUUAACCAUCACAGCUUCUACAUUCGCCAACAUGGAAAUGCUUUUGGUGACUCCUCAGACUCAGAAUACUAUUCAGAGACAGUUAGUGCAUCAGAGACUGGUGAAGAUGACCGCAGCACAUAUAUCAUCUCCCCAGCUCAAUCUCAGAUCUUGGUCAAGGCCAGCAAAAGUCCAAAUUUUCCCCAAAUCACUGUGGUAAAAAGCUACAAGACAAGCCUAGAAUCACCUUUAUCAUUGUGCAGCCCAGAAUGGACCCAAUCCAGAACUCCUGGUGGCCAUUUGCCAGCAGCUGUCACAGAAAUCAAAAGUUGUUUGCAGCAGCAAGAACAGCCCAAUCACAGACUAGGGUCUCAAUUGGCUACAUCUCCUCCCAAUCCCCUUCAGACUAAAUCCAUUACUCACAGCACCAAAAUACCACCUUCAGGACCUGGUGGCACUUUCACUACAGUUACAGCUACUGCCUCGGUGAUGUUGGCUUUGCACCCACCUUUGCCUGGAUCUUGUCGGGGCUACACACAUGAGGGGUUUGAAUCUGAUGAUAGCUCUGAAAAACCUGGCCCCAAACCAUCUGACAGUUUGGAACUACAGGACCUAAAGCAGAAUCAUUAGCCAUCCACUUUGCCAAGCCAAGUCACCGGCUCUAGAACUCCUGCCUCAGGGCUGGCCGGCAUCCCAAGUGAGCAUGGGGGCCAGAUACACCUCACAUCACAGAUUGUGAAGUUCGCUAAAUUUAUGGAAACUCUUGCAUUGCAUCUAACCAACUGCAGGCAUAAUCAGUACUGCUGAGAGCAAAGAGAUCAGGUUAUUUUCAGUAUCCAUAUUGCAAAAAAGCUGAUGGGAGAAUAUCUCAGCCUUCCCAGGUGUAUCUGGCACCAAAAAGCAUUCUGAUUUCUUGGGUGUCAGGGCUUAGAUUUUGGGCCCUUAGUUUGUGCCAGUGCCCCUUUUAAUA